ACACCACUAUUCAUGCUUCACAAUGAGCGAAUCUGUACCCCUUUCUGGCCUUCCUUCCGGUACACGACCAGAUCGAGCAAGUAGAAAUAACGGUUCACCAGAAUCUGCGCUCGAACGCUGGCGUAUAGUUGAGCUUGCACAAGGAUGGCCAAUGUAUAGGGAUUCUCGUGAAUGGGAAAACUUUCGUUCAAUCUUUCAUCCUGAAGGAGCUUAUGUGUAUACGACAUGGACCGGUAAAACACAUAUUGAUGACUUUAUCGAAGCGAGCAAAGGUGGCAUGGAAGCAGGUGUCUUUAUCAUGCAUCGCAUACAUGGAACAUCUGUUGAUCUAUUAGGCAAUCGUGCAAUUUGCAAGAUGAAAGCCACAAUCACACAAAGAUUCUCACUGGAUGGAAUUGAAGUAGAUGCCGAAUCGGACUGCCGCUUCUGCUUCUUUUUUGAACAGUAUACAGCUCCAGAUGGACAGCGAAAUUGGGGUGCCAAACUUGUUCGUCAUUGGUAUGAGAAGGAUAAGCUGAUUCCUGUCGACCCUAGAAAGGUCCCUGAGUUAGAUGAUGAACUGCUUGCCACAUUCCCAUCCGGAUAUCGUUACUUAGGCUACUGUCAAGAGAUGUCCAUGAAAGGAAAAACUGCAUCUCCUAUCAAAGUGAAACGUGAUAUGCCGGGACAUAGAGGCAAGGAACAUGAUGAUCUCCUACGCAGUGCAAAAGUUUGGUUGGACGGGGGUGUACCGGAAGAUUUGAAGUGAGAGAUAGAAGUGUUUGUAUCUCUCUAGCCUACCGCACCCUCACAAUUGCGUAAAGGGUGUUGAUGAGCUUCCCCUCCUGUUUCUGAUCAUGUCAAUGUAUAAUCUUACUCACAAUGUCAUUCUCAUUCAAAGUCAUCUUGAUUGGUGCUUCUUCUCCGACAUUAAUAGCAAAAUUCGUUACUAUUGCUGAUUAAUGGAAUACAAUUACAGUAUGGCGCAUAUAUUUGCGUAAAAGUACAUCUUUGAGGUUCAAAUUGGUUUAAUCUUGAAGUGCAAAUUGAUCAAGCUAAAGAUCAGACAUUUCAAAUCUUGUACCAAAUAAUAAAACACUCUUAAUCC